UUCUAUUUGAAUUUCAAAUUUAAAAUUUUAAAAAACAACUUCCAACCCAAAUAAUUAAUGCAAAAUUUUUGGCUCAAUUUUUUUGUUCACAUGAGAGAGAAAAUAUUAUCUUCCUUCCUUUUAUUUUCACAGAGAAAAUAUUUUUGAUCUUCCUCUUCCAAAAAAAAAUCUGGCGACAUUGUGUAGAUUGAGAUCCAAAAACCUAACCUAAAUUGUGGUGGAAAACUAGCGAUGUAAAUUGUUUAAAAAAUCCUUCAAUUCUACUCUAAAUUGUGUUAGAAACCAAAAAUCUAGCAUCCCAAAUCCUACUUUUUCUGUGGAUUCCUACCCAAUCUCUCAAAAUCCUCGUAGUUUUUUUAUUAUCAAUCAAUUGAUUUUUCUUCUCCAACCAUAGUCCUUCCACCAUAGACAGUGUUCAAUGGGCGCGCCGCUAAUAUCUUCCGCUAGUUCCUCUUUAUCGACACCACCGUAGAAGUCUCAAUUUUAGGUUUUAUAUUGAUUUCAUGAUUUGGUACUAUUUUUUUGGGUAACUUUUAGGGUUUCGAUUAUUAAUUCUUAGAGAGUUUAGUAUUUACCGUUGAAUUUCUUUGUUCAUCUUCGAGGAUUGAUUAAGAUAUCUUGGGUGUUGAUGUUUUUUUUGGUGCUUACUGCUUUAGAAGAUACUCAUUUUUUUUCCCUUUAGGAUUUUGACAAAUUAAUUUCAGGUGUAUCUCAAUUGAAGUUUUUCUUUGUUCUCUCUUUGGUUUGUUUCUCUCUUAGGUUUCUCUGAAUAUACAUCUUAUUCCAUGUGUGUGUUAGGUCUGCAACCCAGGAAAAGCUCGAAAACUGUGUUAACUACUGUGUUCUAGAGCAUUUAGGAAAGAGGACUGCUGAUAAGUGGGAAUGUCGCACCCCCAAGAGAACAAGGGUUCUUGCGUAUCAGGAAAGAGGACUGCUGAUAAGUGGGAAUGUCGCACCCCCAAGAGAACAAGAAUUUCCAGAUGGGACGAAGGUGUGAAGGAGGGGGAGGAGGGAGAGGUAGCUUCCUUGAGUUGUUGAAUACUGAUGUGGUUGACUUAAAUUCUGAUUAUGUGGAACCACCUUUUACAGUACUCGCACCCAAACAACCUGAACCUCAACCUGAACCUCAAAUUCAACCUCAAAAUGUGCCUCAACCUGAAAUUGAUUAUGAUUCAGAGGGUACAGAUGAAGAUGAUGAUGAGUUAGCCACUGCUAGGUCUAAGAUAUCUGAUGAUAUGAGAAGGGAAAAGGCUUAUUUGGAGGAGUUAGUAAUGCUGAAAAAACUAGCAGAAAGUAAAGUAGAAGGUGGUCUGAAUUUGGGAGAUGACUUUGAUGGAUACAGUGACUUAGACAGCCCUAGUGAGUCAGAAGAUGAGGAUGAUGUUGGUUACUUAGUUGCACCACAACACCAUAAGAGGGGGAGAGGGAAACAGAAGCAAAACAACACUGAAACUGAAGAGAGGGAAGCCACUUUUUAUGUUGGGCAACAGUUUGAGAAUCCAAAGACAUUUAGGAAAGCAAUCAUAGAUUAUUCAAUUGAUAAAGGAAGAAACAUUCCAUUUUCUAAAAAUGAUUCCACUAGGGUUUGUGCAGAGUGUGAGCACAAAGAUAAAGGUUGUAAAUGGAGAAUUUGGGCUUCAUGGGAGAGAGGAAGAAGGUCAUUUACAGUGAAAACAUUUGUCAGUGAGCACACUUGUGGUAGGACACCUAUCAUUAAGAAGAUGACUUCACAUUGGAUUGCAGAACACUACCAGAAUCUGUUUAAGGUUAACCCUUACAUGAGAGUGCAAGAUAUUCAGGAAACCAUUUGGUUAGAAAAGGGUAUAAGGGUGAGCAAAGACAAGGCUGCCAGGGCUAGGAGAAGGGGUCAAGCACUCAUUGUUGGUGAAUACAAAGAGUAG